CACUGCUAGCCUGCGCGGGGGAGGAGAGAGAGGAGGGGACAAGAGAGCUAGCGGUCCCGCCCGGUGAUGUAGGCAGCCCGGGGAGGUGGAGCCGCGACGCCUGAAGGAGUCCCCACCGCAGUCGCGCUCUCUCGGUCUACCCCUCCGAGUAGCCAGUCGCCAGGCCCGGCUCCGGCGACCUCCCUGCCGCCGCAAUUUGGGCGGCGGGGACCGUGGGAUCCCCCCUAUUCGGGCCUGGGGGGCGUCUCCUCCCCGCCCAGCCCCUGCCCCUCCUUGCUUCCCGGACGGCUGGAGCGACUCCCGGGGGACGCUGUUCCCGGACGCUCGGCCGCCGCCCGGGCAUCUCGGCUGCCAGCCCGGCUGGGCACCGGGCAUCUGCGAAGCUAGCUAGCCCUGCCUGGCAUCUCUGGGAACCGACUGUCUCCGGCGCCGCCCAGCUUCUCGAAAGCCCGGGGCCGCGGGCUUCUGCGCGCCCUCCCUUCCCCCGGCCGCCGGGCAGGACGCCCGUGAGAUCGCGGCGUCCCCAGCCCCUCUGGGCGCCGCCGCGAUGCUGCCCUGGAGACGUAACAAAUUCGUGCUGGUGGAGGACGAGGCCAACUGCAAGGCGAAGAGCCUGAGCCCGGGGCUCGCCUAUACGUCGCUGCUCUCCAGCUUCCUGCGCUCCUGCCCGGACCUGCUGCCCGACUGGCCGCUGGAGCGCCUGGGCCGCGUGUUCCGCAGCCGGCGCCAGAAAGUGGAGCUCAACAAGGAGGACCCGACCUACACCGUGUGGUACCUGGGCAACGCCGUCACCCUGCACGCCAAGGGCGACGGCUGCACCGACGACGCCGUGGGCAAGAUCUGGGCGCGCUGCGGGCCGGGCGGGGGCACCAAGAUGAAGCUGACGCUAGGGCCGCACGGCAUCCGCAUGCAGCCGUGCGAGCGCAGCGGCUCUGGGGGCUCGGGGGGCCGCAGACCGGCGCACGCCUACCUGCUGCCGCGCAUCACCUACUGCACGGCGGACGGGCGCCACCCGCGCGUCUUCGCCUGGGUCUACCGCCACCAGGCGCGCCACAAGGCCGUGGUGCUGCGCUGCCACGCCGUGCUGCUGGCGCGGGCGCACAAGGCGCGCGCCCUGGCCCGCCUGCUCCGCCAGACCGCGCUGGCGGCUUUCAGCGACUUCAAGCGCCUGCAGCGCCAGAGCGACGCGCGCCACGUGCGCCAGCAGCACCUCCUCGCGGGGGGCGCCGCCGCCUCGGUGCCCCGCGCCCCGCUGCGCCGGCUGCUCAAUGCCAAGUGCGCCUACCGGCCGCCGGCCGCCGAGCGCGGCCGCGGGGCGCCGCGCCUCAGCAGCAUCCAGGAGGAGGACGAGGACCAGGACGAGGAGGCGGAGGAGCGCGAGGAAGGAGCCCCCCAGAGCGAGCGGCCGGAGGUGCUCAGCCUGGCCCGGGAGCUGAGGACGUGCAGCCUGCGGGGCGCCCCGGCGCCUCCGCCGCCCUCGCAGCCUCGCCGCUGGAAGGCCGGCCACCGGGAGCGGGCGGGCCAGGCGCGCUGAGAGCCGAAGGGACAGGACUUGCGGCCCCAGACCCGGCCGGCCUGACUUACAGCCUCUAACCCCGGCCCUGCCCGCUACGGCUCCCCCUGGUACCCCGGCCCUUGCCUCCCUCGUGGUCUCUGUUGUCCGCUCGAGCCUCGUCCUGGCUCACGGUGACGCCUGACAUGCCCUUGUAUUGGGGAACCAGAUGGGGGAGCCAACAGGAUUCAGUGCUCACCUCUCCCCCCACCUGAUCUCCCGGAGCCCUCCCUUGUGGAUUUGCCCCCUACGCUUCACACCAAGUCUCUUUACCCAUAGACCACGCCCUCCCUCCCCAAACAUCCUCUCAAGAGAAGUGGGGGAGACGUUUCCAGAAAUCCAGGAGGGUGGCCUUGGAUCUUGGCCAGGUGGAGGCAGUGGUCCUGCCCUUGACCAGGCUAGCCUUCCUCCCUGGGAUGAGACCAACCCUGGGGAAGCAUUCUUGUAGGGGGAAGAGUAAGUAGCCCCGGAGAAUUGAGGCUGGGCCCAAAGUGGCAACUGAGUCUGCUGCCAUACACACAAGGAAGACUUCUCUAUGCCUGGCCUCUCUACCCCUCGGAGGACUUCUGGGACUUCACUCCUCUGGCUCUGGAGAAGACUGGGAUGUUCCUACCAACCCCAACCACAGGUUGGGCCAGGCGCCCCACAACCAGGACCAAGACGAGGCCUCCAGAGGAGGUAAGGAGGACCUCUGGCAGUGCUUGAGGACACUGGCUACCCAGAAAAUGGACACAGGAGGGAUGCCCCCAAGCUGAGGCUUGUCAGAGCGCGAGGGUCCUGACAGCAGCUGGAUUCACAUAGCAGGAUGAGGCAGGAGGAUGCGGGAACCCAACAGAGAGAGCGGGCCCCUGCCCACGUGUCUCUCAGCAAGGCCACCAAAAGCCCAAAGAUCUAUGUGUCACCAAAUGAUCACUGUAAAUAAAGUGUUCCUGCUUUUUCA